AGUUGAAACAAUGUAGAGCUUCCGUACUGCUGAGGAACGCGUUUUCCUCCUUUUUAAUUCAGCUUCAUGACUUCAUCAUCUUACUUCUUCAUUAAAUCCAACGUAUUGUAUAUUGGAAAAUUCUUUUAUUGUAUGUAUUUCAAAAACUCUGCCUAAUUUAGUCGAGGCAACGAGUAGUUUCCACGCGUGUCAUAUUAGGCCCUACGUCUUAUGGAGGCCAAACCUUGAACUCAUUUUUUCCAAAUUUCACUUCAUCUCUGCAUUGGUGUGGGUACAGCUUCACAAUUGCUCGCUGACCAUGCGGCAUCCUACCUCCUCAGCCUCGGCCCUGCCCACCAUGGAAGACGAAAGUGACGACCCCACCACGCCCAUGACUUCCAACUUGUCCAACAUGUCCCUAUUAUCUUUGAGCACCUGUGUGACGGCUGCCACAUCCUCGCCCUCGUCUUGGUCCCUUUCGGCGGCCUUAGGCUCCUCAUCCAGUCUUUCGACCUCAUCGUCCGUGUCUUCGCCCGCUUUACUCUCAGUCUCCAAGUGCAAUGACGCGGGUGGGUUCGGUACCGCCCCGGCCCCCGCUUUCACCCCUGUAGCCACGCCUACGUCCUUGGGAUUAAGUUUUGGGUUUCCUGACCUCCAGUUUUCGUCGGAUGAUCACGAUGAUUGCUUUGUGUUCGCUCAAAAAGAUCUCUCGAGUAACGCCUUUCCCGUGAUGGCCGAUAUUCGAAGAUUGGGCAAACUCUGCGAUGUCACUAUUCAGACGAAAGUGUAUUCCACGCUCAUCGAAUCGUCUUGGCAUCCACCAUUCCUUACUUCCAUGCCAUGUUCACCCACGACAUGGUUGAGAGCACACAACGGGAAAUUACAAUCCAGGGCGUCGAAGCCACAUCCAUGGAGGCCAUGAUCAACUUUGCUUACAAUGGGAAGGUUUCGAUAAGCACGAGUAAUGUCCAGAAUCUCAUGUUGACAUCAUUUCUCCAAUUGGCAAGGGUGCGAGAUGCUUGUGCCGAGUUCCUUAUGACGCGCCUCUCUCCAUUCAAUGUAUUGGGCAUCCAGCAAUUCGCCGAUACUUUGGGAUGUGCUUCCUUGGUAACGGCCACCCAAAAAUAUGUACAAAAGUUCUUUAUCCAUGUCAUCGAAAACGACGAAUUCAAGCAUUUGAACUUCCGCUACGUCUUGGACUUGAUCAGCCAUGAUGAGCUUCAUGUCCCGUCAGAGGAGAUUGUCUUUAAAGCUGUUCUCCAAUGGCUUUAUCACGAUUUAGAGAGUCGAAAAGAGCAUCUGGCUGAUUUGCACUUGGUGAGAUUACCUCUGCUUACCCCCAAUAUCUGUCGGAUACGCGAUCUAUUGGAUGAGGCCCGAGACUAUCACCUCAUGCCCGAACGUAGACCUUUGUUACAAAGCUUUAAGACUAAACCUCGAUGUUGCAAAGAGAUUGUGGGCGUGAUCUAUGCCGUUGGUGGACAAACCAAAUCAGGCAACUCGCUGAGUACCGUGGAAGUAUAUGAUCCGAUUCUGGGCCGAUGGCGGAAUGCCGAAGCCAUGUCCAUGCUUCGAAGUCGAGUGGGAGUUGCCGUAAUGGAGAAUCGACUCUACGCCAUUGGAGGAUAUAACGGGACGGACAGACUUAAUACCGUGGAAGUAUUUGAUGCCGAAACCAAACGAUGGAGCCGGAUUGCCUCAAUGAAGUGCAAGCGAAGAUGGUCCUACGUGUCGCCCAUGAAUGUGACUCGAAGUCGAGUGGCGCUCGUAUCCAAUAUGGAUCGAUUGUGGGCAAUCGGGGGUUACGAUGGGAUGAAGAAUCUCUCCACGGUGGAAAUGUACAACCCGCACACGGACGAGUGGACGUUUGUGUCGGCCAUGGAAUCUCACGAAGGCGGAGUGGGCGUGGGAGUCAUUCCCUUGGAAAAUGUUCCCUUGGAUGGCUUGAAACUGGCCGAUGUCGCUUUCUCGUUGUCUUCGGAAGUCAAUGAAUCCCCCGAGACCGGAACCUCCACCUCAUCUAGACCUUGAAAUGUUGAU